AUGUCCCAGGCUAGUCCCGGAGCAGUGGACUCAAGCGCCUAUUGGGAUAUAGAACGGGAAUUUUGGCAAUCCGAAGAAUCCCUUGUAUGGCAGAUCUUCUUGCCAAAUGAAUAUAUUAUCACAGCACGAGUGACUAUGGAGAAUGGUAAACUGAAAUUACAGAUUAUUGAGCUCUAUCUAUUACUUAAGAUACUGGAGUUUCUUAGAGAGCUCCAGGAUAAUCUGAAGAUUGGGCAGUAUAAGCUGAUGAUCAAAAAGGCUAAUUACGAUAGUGAGUUGGUUAUGUGUCAUUGCCUAUAA